AUGAGUGACUCAGAAAAACAUAAUGGACACAAAUAUGAUCCAGAUAUGGUAGACAAUGAACCAAAUCCAAAAAGACCAAAAAUUGAUAGCGAUAGAGACAUAGAGAUUAUCAAUGUCAAUGAUGAUAAUGAACAUGUCCCCAUUGAAACCUCUUUAUUAAGCCCCACCAAUCAUUCAAGUCUAUCUACUACCAGUAAUGACAAUAGCAACAGUGAUAGUAAUAGUCAUAGAAUAAAUGACCAUGAUAGGGAAACUCAAUUAUUAAACAAUGUUGCUUCCAAUAUCAUAGAAAAUGUUGCUAAUAGAAGCUCCCUUAAUAAUCACAAUCACAAUAGUGAUAACAAUAACAAUAACAAUGAUGAUGGUGAACAUAGUUUGAAACAUUCCAGUACAGAAUCUGAUCCAACAGGGUCUAUGACGAAGACUACUCUAGAUAAUCCCAAUAAAGGAUCAUCAGAUAACAAUAAAACUCAAAUUGAGGAAGAAGAGAGAAGUAAAAGCGUUCAUGUGAAUACUCAACACCAACAACAUAUAGGGCAGGUACAGACCCCACAUGACUAUGCGGACCUAAUUGAUCGUCAUACGAUUAACAAUACAGACGACUCUAUACCUGUGGAGUUACAAGAUCUAAGAGAUACAGAGCAUUUUCAUAGCAUAGGAGUAGAAGAUCCAGACCUGAACGAGGAAGGCUUAUUAAAUAAAAAAGGUCGCAGGACCACUGCACUUGUGGGAUCAGAAGCAUGGAAACAACAAAGAAGGAUUUCACAUAAAGAAGUGGAAAGACGCCGUAGAGAAAACAUUAAUAUGGCAAUUAAUGCAUUGGGUGUGUUAUUACCUGUAAAAGAGACUAGCAAAGCGGCGAUCUUAAGUAGAUCGGUUGAAUAUAUACAAAAAUUGAAAGAAACAGAAAAUUCUAAUAUCGAGAAAUGGACGUUGCAAAAACUACUAAGCGAACAAAAUGCAUCACAACUCACAGCUGCAAAUGAAAAAUUACAAGAAGAUUUAGCCAAUGCAUAUAAAGAAAUUGGAUUUUUGAAAAAUUUAUUAAAAAAACACAAUAUACCUUAUGAAAGUGAUGACGAUACUAAUGUUCAACAGUAA